CGGCGGCCAGAACCCCGGCGGGGCGGGGCGGGCCAGCUGUCCCCGCGCGUCCCGGUCGGGCUGCGGCGGAGUGAGCGGGGCCAGCGCUGCAGAAGGCGGCUGGCUCUCCGGGACGGUCACAUCCCGCUGCAGGGGCGGACCCAGGCCAGCGUCCGGGCAACGCCCCCUGCUCCGGGACAGACUCCCCGCCCGCCUGAGCUCUGGGGGCUCCGCAGACCCGCGCCCUCUCGGCCCGCAGCUCGGCCCCACGCUGCCCGCCUCGCCCGGCCCGCGCCAGGAUGGGGAGCCCCGCCUGGAUGUCAAGCGGAUGCCCCAGAGCCCCCCCCCAGCGGACUCGGUGGGGACAUGGCUUCGCUGAUGCCCCUUUCCCCAUAUCUAAGCCCCACGGUCCUCCUGCUGGUCAGCUGUGACCUGGGCUUUGUGCGAGCAGACCGGCCUCCCUCUCCUGUGAAUGUGACGGUCACUCACCUCAGAGCCAACUCGGCCACUGUGUCCUGGGACGUCCCAGAAGGCAACAUCGUCAUUGGCUACUCCAUUUCCCAGUAACGGCAGAAUGGCCCCGGGCAGCGUGUGAUUCGGGAGGUGAACACCACCACCCGGGCUUAUGCCCUCUGGGGCCUGGCUGAAGACAAUGACUACACAGUGCAGAUCAGGAGCAUCGGCCUUCGGGGAGAGAGCCCCCCAGGGCCCCGGGUGCACUUCCGAACUCUCAAGGGUUCUGACCAGCUACCUUCAAACAGCUCAGGCCCAGGUGACAUCACAGGGGAGGGUCUUGAUGGAGAGCGACCACUGCAGACUGGGGAAGUGGUCAUCAUUGUGGUGGUGUUGCUCAUGUGGGCUGCUGUAAUUGGGCUGUUCUGCCGUCAGUAUGACAUCAUCAAGGACAACGACUCCAACAACAAUCCCAAGGAGAAGGGAAACCGGCCAGAACAGAGUCCUCAGGGAAGGCCAGUGGGGACAAGACAGAAAAAGUCACCAUCCAUCAACACCAUCGACGUUUGAGGGAAGAAACACACCCAGAAGAGAGCUGCACUAACAACUUGGGGAUGGGGUGGGGUCAGGGAAAGCCCAAGAUGAAGAUCUGCCUGAGACUCCUAGAGGGUAAUGACAUGCCCACAAUCUCAGGCCUGGAACCCAUCCUCUUUCCACUGUGAGCAGAGCCAGUCUGUUAAGAGUCUGUGCCCCUGGACCUGGGGAGCAGAUAUCAGUUGGGAUAUCUCCUCCCAUCCCCUGGUCCAGGGGAGAGUCACUUGUUCUACCCUAUCCCAUUAGGUCCCAAAUGGGGGCCCCAUUCCACCUGUAUCAGGACUCUCAGCAGCCCCAGCUGCCUCCACAUCUUGCCUCUGGGCCUCAGAGAGCCGUGUUUCUGUGAGUACUCCUCUUUCCCCAGCAAACAAAAGGAAUUGUCGCAGCCUA